GCUUAGAUACCACGGCCAGUCUCGAACAGUGCAGGCUACACCGCUGCGAUGGAUAGAGUUCUGAAACGCGUUGGCCUCUCGAAAAGAAGUCAGUCCGACAUAAAAGACGGAUCGCAGGAGACGACGGUCGUCCAGGACUCUAUCAAGAAACGGAGGAAACGCAGAAGUAAAUCCAGACGGCGGCCGUCUCAGGAGAAUCGGAAGUCUCGCGGUAUAUUUAAUAUUGAUUGGGAAUCUGUAAGGGACUGCAAAUCUUGCAAAUCACGCGCAAUCACCAGAAGAUUCUGUAGUAAGAGAUGUGAUAAUGAACUGUACAGGUCUAAUAGUUUUAAAUUUGAAAGAUUUAUUAGAGGAAAUGAGGAAGUUUCCACCCUAGGAAAAAAGAUAUCCCUUUGCGACGACUACAUACUGCCGAUUGAUCAUCUGAACAAGAUCAGGCCGGUCUCAGCGGCGGCAUCGGUCACCCACUUCGUCGAAUCUAGUCCCAAUGAAGAGAAGAUUACGGUUUUAGAAACAUAUUCUAGUCCACGCGACCAAAGACAGCCUACAAAUAACGACGAAAAUGACAGUAAAUGCUUCACUAGUCCAGAUCGAGAAUAUUCACAACCGUAUACAACAGAUGCAUGCUCUGAACCAUCGUCAGAUGAAGUAUUCUUCGAUCGCAGAGUAACUUUACUCAAUCCCUUAGACUUAACAUCUCCAAACAGUAUACAUGAAUGCGUAUUCCCCCAAAGUGAGACAGUCAAAUCGCCAACGAAAGCAGACAUCAAACGCCACCCAUCCCCGUACUACUACGGGGAUCUAUACAAAUAUAAAACAACCGAGGGAUCGCCAGUGAAGAGCAACGCCUACAAAUGCAAAAAGAGCCUGAGCUUGGACAAGCCGCAACACGUGACCAAUCAUGUUGAAUCAAAACCAACAAAUCAAAAACGGAAAACGUUAAAGAAACAUAAACGAAGCUCAAGCGUCGACAAUUUACCAUUAGAUAGACCAAUCCGAGCCAGAACCAGCCGUCAAAAUAAGUAUACUAAAAGCUCGAGCGUCGACUCGCAAAGCUCGGACAACUGUAGGAAUGUCACCAAAAACAUAAACUCACCUUUUAUUUUAAUCACAACAAAAGAUGAGCUAGACAUGACCCGACAAAGGCAUGUGUAUGAGACUGCUUUUGACUGCCAGAUCAGCAAGUCCGACGACGAUUUAGAUGAGAUAGACAAAAUUUCCAACCAUCCCGUCCUUAUACAAGCAAGCGAGUCCAAGUCCACAAUCGCCACGAAAGCCAAGGAGGACGCCAUCAGCGAACUCUCUCAAAAUUUGCAGGAUAUGCAUCUACCAGUAGAGAUAUCAAAAGCUCCAGACAGCCUUUCAUUAUUGCCCUUAAGAUGUUACACGCCAUCACCUCCGUCCACAGCACCUUUACCAACAAAGUUCCAUGGAAAAGAGCUGAUCAUGAACAGUAUCAGAAGUGCCCCCAACUUGCCGUCGCACCAGAAGACCCGUGUGAAGCACAUGCAUCACUCGGCGAAUUCACUGCGAGGCCAUUCUGCCACCGAAAGCAAUAGCAAUUUGCAAAUGCAAACAUCUAGUUCCUUACGUUUGGACUUUGCAAACACUAAUCAGUUCAUAACUGAGUUUAAGGGCCGACCUAGUCAUUCUAAAGAUAAUUUGCAACUCAAUAGGGAUAGGAUAUACGAGAUCAAGGACAGGCCGAGGAAGGACUUCCUCAUGUUAAAGAAACGAGAGAAGUCGAGCAAUAUUAAAGAUAAGAUACAUAGACAUAAGUACUCUAGCACUGAAAGUAUCACUAGUAGCAGCUGUGGCAGCAUGGAGAGUAUUAAGAGCAGCACCAGCGAAGGUAACAGAAGUACCUCGAGCUCAGAAAGCAGACAGUCAUCUUCGUUGAGCUCCCACAGCUCAGACUCGGGCAGAAACAGCAAAUACUCGAUAUCCCAAAGCUCAAAUUUCAUGCCACACAACAACAAAUUACAUAUUCUCAGCCCCAUAUCAGACAAGUCAUCCCAAGAACCAAUCUCGGAAACCUCCGACAACAACCGUAACAACAACUCUCAGAAGUGCUCACCGGAAGAAGUUUGCCUUACCCCUCCGGACAUAAUGAAAGUUAAACGACGACUACCUCAAAAUCGAAACCUGCUAAGUUUAGGUUUCCACACGGAGAUCCAGGGCUCGGACAGCGGCAUAUCGAUCCAGUCGCGCGAAGGCAUCAAAUCUAGGUUCGGAUUCAACUCGGAAAUGUCCGGUGCCCCGAGUCAACAGGACUUCUCCGACUUGCCGUUCGAUAUGCCGAAGCUGCGCAGAAGGAGGAUGCUGCUGCAAGAUCCUUGCACCUCCAGCAGCGCCACCUCCGUGGAUCUGCGUGACUUGCCUUUUGAUAUGCCUAAGUUGAGGAGGAGAUUGAGGGUUCAACAGGAUUCCGUUUCGCAGGCAUCUUCUAGUCAAAGUGUGGUUGAAGCUGACCGACAAGGUAAUGGAAUUUUGCUAACAUACUUUGGAGUUAAUCGGUGGGUUUUAGGUUUUGCUCCCAAGCUAACGUUGAAUUUAAACGAUAUGCCUGUUUGUCAAAGGCCAGGUUUAGGAUUGUCGUUAGGUUUAGGUUUGAACUUCAAUACUACAGGUAAAAUUUCCUCGUGUGAAAUACUCAUCGAUAACAAGAGGCCCCUAGAAAAACAAGGCUGGUUUCAUGGUUCUAUAACGCGUAUAGAAGCUGAGACUGUCUUGAAGGACCUGAAGGAAGGAAGUUUUCUUGUCAGAAACAGUGAAUCAUCAAAGAACGAUUUUUCAUUGUCUCUCAAGAGUGCCAAAGGAUUUAUGCAUAUGAAAAUUCAAAAGAACAACACAGAUGGUUGUUUCAUAUUGGGACAGUUCAGCCAACCAUUCACUUCAGUGCCUGAAAUGAUAAAACACUUCUCCUUGAACCGUUUGCCGAUUCGAGGUGCUGAGCACAUGUGUUUGUUGCAACCGGUGAUGGCCCAACUUUUGUGAUAAAAUGAGACAUGUUUGUAUUCUACAUAUGAUUAACUUUCUGGAUAUUUCCAUCGUAAUUUUAAUAUUUAACUAGAGAUAAUAGGUUAUACAAUUAAAAUUAGUUUAACAAUAGUGAUUUGAAACUAAUGUAUAAGUAGUACUAUAGAGUAUUUUCUAUUUAACAAUUGUUAUAUAGUAUUCACUAAUACGUAUAUGUUAUGAAAGGUGUAUAUAUGUAUAUAGACGUAAUUAUAGAUUUUUACACAAUAAUAAAAAACAAAAACUAUUGUAAAUAACCAAGUAUAUUUUUAUAAAUGUUAUAUUUCUCUGUAUAAGUAUACAGUAUAUACACUUGGCUUCCAUAAUGCAAGAUUUCCUAAAUCACCCAAUAAGAAAUGUUGCAGAAAUAGUUGUGAGUAGUUUAGGACGUCUUGUAAAGUAUAUUUCUUAAUUUUAGUUCACUUCUAACCAAGAUUAACUGUAUUAUUAAGGAUCUAAACUAAUGCAUGAUUGUUUUUAACAGUUUUUCAAAGAAAAGUAUUUGUCAUAUUAGCAAGGUGAAAAUUCUAACAUUUUUAAGAGAAUUUAGGUCCUAAAAUUAUAACAUUGUCAAAAUUACAAGUAUCAACAAAAUAAAGUUUUACUACAGUA